GAGUAAAGAGAAGAGAGAGGCACCCUCCUGACUAGCUGGUAUUUACUGACAGAUACAUGCAGGAGCAACUCUCUAACCUUUCAUUCUACAACCUCCUGAAGGGAGGAGCGUUUCUCCCAUCUUCACCAGAAGUCUUUUCAGGAGUCAGAGUGGAGAGGGAAGACCUCAGACCAGAGCUUUAACGACAUAAAGCAGGCCGUACAGUAACAUCCAGUACCAUCCUCGAAGAGGCUCGACUGAAGAAGAGGUCUCAGAGGAGAAGAGUUCCCAUUAAAACACAGGAAACACCUGAAAACGGUCCCAGGGUCACCUUCAAGAAACACAGACGCAACACACACACACACAGACAGACAUUCCCACACACACCCACAGGUACUUUACGGAACUCCCAAGUCCUCUUGAAGGACAACAAUCAACCAAUUGGCCAAUCAUUCAGCCAGUCGGCCAAUCAGGAUGUCUCGUUGGGGCCGUAAGGAUGUGAAGAAGACUCCUGAGGUGAUCAGGACGGUGACAGAGGGGCUAAAGUCUCUGUACCGUCAGAAGCUCCUCCCCCUGGAGCAGUACUACGGUUUCCAUGACUUCCACUCCCCCUCUCUGGAGGACGCAGACUUUGACAACAAACCCAUGGUACUGGUGGUGGGACAGUACUCCACUGGCAAGACUACGUUCAUCAAGUAUCUGUUGGAGCAGGAUAUUCCAGGAAGCAGGAUAGGACCAGAGCCUACCACCGACUGUUUCACAGCCAUCAUGCACGGCGAGGUGGAAGGGGUGAUCCCGGGCAACGCUCUCAUCGUUGACCCCAACAAACCUUUUCGCAAGCUCAACCCCUUCGGAAACACCUUCCUCAACAGGUUCCAGUGCGCCCAGCUGCCCAAUCAGGUCCUGGAGAGCAUCAGCAUCAUCGACACGCCGGGGAUCCUGUCAGGAGCGAAGCAGAGGGUGAGCCGAGGCUAUGACUUCCCAGCGGUGCUACGAUGGUUUGCGGAGCGCGUUGACCGCAUCAUCCUCCUGUUCGACGCCCACAAGUUGGAGAUCAGUGAUGAGUUCUCCGAGGCCAUCGGAGCGCUGCGGGGUAACGAGGACAAACUGCGUGUCGUCCUGAACAAGGCUGACAUGGUGGGAACACAACAGCUGAUGAGAAUCUACGGAGCUCUAAUGUGGUCCCUGGGCAAGGUGUUCAACACUCCAGAGGUCUUGAGGGUGUAUAUCGGGUCGUUCUGGUCCGAGCCGCUGCUGGUCGCUGAUAACCGGCGUCUGUUUGAGCUGGAAGAGGAAGAUCUGUUUAGUGACAUCCAGAAUCUUCCUCAUAACGCAGCCCUCAGGAAACUCAACGACCUGGUGAAGAGGGCACGACUGGUCAGGGACUCCCUGUUGCCCCUAGUGGACAGUAACAGGACUCCCUUGUAUGCCCCACUGGACAUAAACAGGACUUCCUGUCUGCCCCUAGUGGACAGUAAACAGGACUCCCUGUUGCCCUACCUGGACCAGUAA